CGAGUAUAUUUUGCGAGAGCAGCUUCGACUGCGCGGGCGACUCCGCUGCGCUGUAAUACCACCAAUCUGCAUACUCAUGGUCUGGGGUGGAGAUCAGCGCCGCUUUGGAGACGCUCGCCAGUCGGUGCACGUUCAACGUCGUCGAUUCAGUCUGGACAUAUCAAGCUCGAAGAAAAUGAGGGCCUUCUCUACGUGAAUAACAUCUUUCCCCAGCGACUCCAGUGGUUCCUGCGGGGUCCCCUCAGCCAUAUCCAACCUCUUGAAGGAAUCUUAAAGAGAAUAAACAAUCCCGAUUACGCUGCAUCGGAUCCCAAGCGGAUCGCCGAGCGGGCACUGCCAAAGGAAUUAGACCUUGAAAUCAAAGAAGUCGUGACUCGCUACAAAGAAGGUGGUGCAUUUGUCAAGUAUGCACGGAGCCCCGGUGUCAGCGACGAGGAAGUCAAAGUCGCGGCGCAGAAUUACAUUGCGAAGAACCCCAUCAGGCCCUGGUUCAACCCAUUUCAAACCGCCAAUGCAGAUCUAGUACGUGGACGACCCUGGAUUGAGGAUCUUUAUCGACUUCCCAGCCAAACCUUGAGAGUAGAGUUCCUGCCCAAUUCGACAGAGGGCCCUGCUAGGGAAUUAACUCAAGAAGCACUGUAUUCUCUUUUCCGUCCCUUUGGAAAACUACUGGAUAUUCAGCCACAACCCUCUGAUUCCAAGAUCGAACCGAGGUACGCCACUUUACGAUUCAGUCGACCCCGAUUCGCAGUGAUGGCAAAGAAUUGCAUGCACGGGUAUGCCGCUUUUGAAGAAGAGGGCGGCGGCAAGACUGGCACUAGGUUCAAAAUCAACUAUGAGCGCAAGAUCAAGUUCUCCAUGAUCAAGGAUUGGAUCUUCACCCACCCCAGACUUGUGAUCCCCGCAGUAGCAGCUCUGGUUGCCACUAUUACGGUCAUCAUAUUCGACCCUAUCAGGACCUUCUUCAUCAAGAUGAAGAUCAAGUCCUCUCUCCACAACGAGGAUAACGCGGCUUUGCAGUGGAUUCGCAGGCAAGCGGACAAGGCCAACAUGCUGUAUUUUGGACGGCGUAAAGCGGAUCCUCGGGGUCUAUCUGCCAUCUGGGAAGAUCGUCAGAAGGACAUCAGCCAGCUGCAAGCUUGGCUGACUGAGACGGCGGAGACAUUCAUCGUCCUUCAUGGUCCCCGCGGCUCUGGAAAGCGAGAGCUUGUCUUGGAGCAGGUGCUGAAGGAUCACAACUACAAAAUCGUUAUCGACUGUAAACAAAUCCAGGAUGCUCGCGGCGACACUGCCAAGAUAUCUCGAGCAGCUGCACAGGUUGGCUACAGACCGAUCUUCUCCUGGAUGAAUAGUAUCAGCAGUUUCAUUGACCUGGCGGCGCAAGGAAUGAUUGGUACCAAGGCUGGUUUCUCAGAGACUCUCGAUGCACAGCUCAGCAAGAUUUGGCAAAACACAGCAGUUGCCAUGAAGCGAGUCGCAUUGGAUGGCAGGAUGAAGGACGACAAGGAUGCCAACCUGAGCGAGGAUGAGUAUCUCGAAGCACACCCGGAGAGGAGACCUGUCGUGGUCAUUGACAAUUUCGUCUAUAAUGCUGAAGAUAGUGUCGUACUGGACAAGCUUACCGAAUGGGCCGCUAGCCUGACUUCGGCAAACAUUGCCCAUGUCAUAUUCUUGACCACUGAUUCAUCCUUCGCGAAGCCUCUCAGCAAAGCCCUUCCGAACCAGGUAUUCCGCACUAUCAGCCUCGGUGACUGUUCGCUUGAUGUAGGUCGCCGCUUUGUGAUGAACCAUCUGGAAGCUGGGUCCACAGAAGAUGCGAAAAGCCCAUCUCAGAAUGAGAAGCAGUCCCUCGAUGGUUUGGAUGACUGUAUAAGGGUUUUGGGUGGCAGGGUCACUGACCUGGAGUUCAUGGCUCAUCGGAUCGAGGCUGGAGAGACCCCUCAAGCCGCCGUGGACCGAAUCGUUGACCAGUCCGCCUCAGAGAUCAUGAAGAUCUUCAUUCUGGGAGGUGAUUCAGCCUCACCCCAAUGGUCACGCGAGCAGGCGUGGCACCUCAUCAAAUCAAUCGCACGUUCCAAGGACGGCGCCCUGCUGUAUAACAAGGUCCUCCUUUCCGAUCUGUUCAAACGCGAUGGCGAAGCAACCCUCCGAGCCCUGGAGCAAGCCGAGCUCAUCGCUAUCGGGUCCGAGCGAGGCUUCCCACGAUGGAUUAAACCCGGCAAGCCCGUCUACCGAGCUGCAUUCCAGCGUCUCACGGAGAAUAAGACUCUAGAGGGCCGCCUGGAUCUGAUGAUUCUUGCACAGCUGAUUAGUGACGAGAACAAGAGUAUCGGCAAGUAUGAGGAGGAGUUGCAGUUGCUCGGCUCGCUGCCCAAGUGUCCUUGGGAACUUACCUCGCGCCUCAAGUGGCUUCUGCGCAAAGUGCAAGGAUCUCAGGAAAAUAUCCAGAAAUACGAAACCCAGAGCGCUACCUUGAAGAAGAUGUUACAAGGUGAGAAAUAA